CAUGCCAGCAGCAUUUGGAAAGAGGUUCAAACCCAGCAAAUACGUUCCGGUCUCAGCUGCUGCCAUCUUCCUAGUGGGAGCCACCACCCUCUUCUUUGCCUUCACGUGCCCUUGGCUCAGCCUCUACGUCUCCCCAGUCAUUCCCAUCUACAAUGCUGUUGUCUUCCUCUUCGUGCUGGCCAACUUCAGCAUGGCCACCUUCAUGGACCCAGGCAUAUUCCCACGAGCUGAAGAAGAUGAGGAUAAGGAAGAUGACUUCCGAGCUCCGCCUUAUAAGACAGUGGAGAUCAAGGGCAUUCAGGUGCGCAUGAAAUGGUGUGCGACCUGCCGCUUCUACCGGCCACCGCGCUGCUCCCACUGCAGCGUCUGCGACAACUGUGUGGAGGAGUUUGGCCAUCAAUGCCCCUGGGUGAACAACUGCAUCGGGUGACGCAAUUACCGUUACUUCUUCCUCUUCCUGCUGUCACUCACUACACACAUCAUGGGGGUGUUCGGCUUUGGUCUGCUUUAUGUCCUCUACCAGGCAGAGCUCUCUGGUGUCCGCAUGGCCGUCACUAUGGCUGUGAUGUGUGUGGCCAGCUUGUUUUUCAUUCCUGUCGCUGGCCUUACUGGGUUCCACGUGGUGCUUGUGGCAAGGGGCCGCACUACCAAUGAGCAGGUGACAGGCAAGUUCCGAGGUGGUGUCAACCCCUUCACUAAUGGUUGCUGUAAGAAUGUGAGCCGGGUCCUGUGUAGCUCCCCAGCCCCCAGGUACCUGGGGCGCCCAAGGGCUGAGCAGACGGUGCUGGUGAGACCCCCCUUCCUGCGGCCCGAUGUGUCAGAUGGCCAAAUCACUGUCAAGAUCAUGGACAAUGGUAUCCAGACAGAGCUGAAGAGGACAAAGUCCAAAGGAAGCCUGGAGGUGAUGGAGAGCCAGUCUGCUGAUGCCGAAACGCCACCCCCACCUAAGCCAGACCUCAGCCGCUACAUGGGCCUGAGGACACACUUAACCCUGGCCACCAACGAGGACAGCAGCUUGCUAGGCAAGGACAGCCCCCUGACACCCACCAUGUACAACUACCAGCCUGGAUACAGCAGCAGCAGCAGCUCAGCUGCCCUGCCCCAUUCCACCAGCGCCAAGCUGAGCCGAGUAAACAGCCUGAAGGAGCCCAACUCCAUUGGCGAAGGCAGCCGCAAGCCCAGCUACCGCUCAGAGCCGAGCCUGGAGCCUGAGAGCUUCCGUUCGCCCACCUUUGGCAAGAGCUUUCCCUUCGACCCGCUGUCCAGUGUAUCCCACUCCUCCAGCCUCAAGUCGGCCCAGGGCACGGGCUUUGAAGUGGGCCACCUGUAGUCCAUCCGCUUCGAGGGCACCACCUCCACCUCCUGCAAGAGCCUGGUGAACCAGACACGCAACGGGAGCCUGUCGUAUGACAGCCUGCUCACACCUUCCGACAGCCCCGACUUCGAGUCGGUGCAGGCUGGCCCCGAGCCCGACCCACCGCUGGGCUACACAUCACCCUUCCUCUCGGCCCGCAUCGCCCAGCAGCGAGAGACCGACCUGCAUGGCCGCUUUGCUGCCGCCGUCUCACCCAAGCAUGUGCCACCCCGCGAGCCCUCACCCGUGCGCUAUGACAAUCUCUCCUGCCACAUCGUGGCUUCCAUCCAGGAGCGGGAGAAACUGCUCCAGCAGCCUCCCGCAGCGGGCAGGGAGGACGAUGCUGGGCUGGCAGACUCGGGCAUCCAGUCGACGCCAGGCUCCAGCCAUGCCCCCCGCACCAGCUCUUCCUCGGACGAUUCGAAGCGCUCGCCUCUGGGCAAGAAUCCGCUCACUCACCCGGCCCCUCCCCGCUUUGGCAAGCCUGAGCCCUCCCACGCGCUGCGGGUGCGCUCCCUGGGCUCACCUGAGCAGCCCGCUGCCCCCCACUUGGGCAAAUCUGUGUCUUACAGCAGCCAAAAACCAGCAGCGUCUCAGGCCAGCAUCCCCGAGACCGAGCAGGUGGCCUUGCAGCCGUUACUGGCACCAAAAGACGAGAUGCAGAUGAGAACAUCCUGCAGUAAUUCCAAUGGGCAACCCAAGAGCCUGAGCUCGGCCACCCCCGGCUCGGGAUCCGUGCCUGUCAGCAGCCCCACGCGUGGAGGAGUCAAGAAGGUUUCUGGCGUGGGGGGCACCACGUACAAGGUCUCAGUAUGA